AUGAAUAUAGAAUGACUUGAAAGCUUGACUUAUCCGGCGAGACAUAGUGAUGCUGAUGACAAAGCCGCUCCUUCCUGUGAGUGAGGGACGACAGGAAGCCACAUAACAAAGUGAGGUGAAGAACGAGUGUAAGUGGUCAUCUCAGUGGUUGCAAUAGAAAAUAUUUCACAUGAAUUUGGACAGAAGUUGCUUGAAUAUCUUACCAGCUUGGGCACUGGGGAUGAAGGCAACAUUACACACUCAAGAACAGAAAAAUGUCAUAUCGGAAUGCAACAAAUAAUCACACAGGAACUUCCCUCAUCAGGAACUCAAAUAUAACAAAUGAUCUUGGUCAUAAAUUCUCAGAUCCUAUAGUAGGUGGCAGAUUAAACGGGAUGUUCUACAUUCUAAUCAGUAUUUCUGGGUUUACUGUCACCAUUGUCAUUUUAAUGGCAAUUCUGUGGAUGAGGAAGUAUCGUACUUUGAUUCACACCAUUCGAGAGCUGCAGGGUGUUGAGGGUCUAUUGGGCAGAGCUCCUCCAUCUAACCCCCCAUUUAGAAGUCCCCUAACCUUGAGGAAGUGUUUGGGGCAUGAGGCUAGAAGCCAUCCCACACGAGAGCUUGUCUCCGUCACUCUGGGACAGGAGUCACAGGACACCAGCUUAACCACUCCCCUUGAAAGGCAGACAACCAAGUCUGCUUCUAGGUCUCUCUGGAGACCACGGCAAACUGGUUCCUGCUUCAACACAUCUGGGCUAGGUCUACAGCAUAUCAUGAAGGCAGGGAGGGAAGGGGUGUACUACAAGGCUAAAAUGAUAUGUGGCACCUGCAAGGGCCACUUCAUUGUCACCUGCAAGAUUAUCAAAGAGGGGGCUACUCUCAGGAGAGUAGCCAGAGAGGUGAGCAUCAUGAGGAAGCUGGGUACCCACAAGAACGUGCUGCAGCUGCUAGACUGGAACAUCACACAGGCUCCUUACAUGCUGAUCCUAGAGUCGGUGAGCAGUGGGACACUGCGCAGUUUCCUUCAAGUGAAUCAAGACCAACUGAGCAGGGACAGUCAACUGCAAAAUCUCUUCACCACAGCAGCAUAUCACAUUGCCCAUGCAAUGAGACACCUGUGCUCUAAAAUGGUGGUGCAUUGUGACCUAGCCCUGAGGAACAUCAUGGUGAACCACUUUCCCAGAGAGGUGAAGCUGGCAGAGUUUGGACUGGCCCAAGACRUGACUCACAAAAGGAGCUAUCGCAGCAGCUGCAAAGGGGACUACAUGCAAAGUGUGCCCCUGCGUUGGUAUCCCCCAGAGUACUUCAAAAAAAACAACUACUACAGCUUCAAAGGGGAUGUCUGGGCAUUUGGCAUUGUGCUGUGGGAGAUGCAAACAUUUGGGACCUUACCAUAUCCUAACCUGGAGGCUCCAGAGUUGGUGGUGCGCUAUGUCUGCUCUGGACAAAGGAACUCAGUCCCAGAGACAUGUAGGCCAGAGAUACUGCAGACGAUUAGGGACUGUUGGCUGGAGCCGAACACCCAAAGGCCCUCCUUCAACGACAUAGUCAGAGACCUGGAGAACAUCCUGGAGGAUGAUGAAGAUUACGUCAAAGUGGACAACGGAGUCCUAAUGGCCAAUAUUGAAUUUGGCGACCAAGGUCAAAUCUAACCCACUCUCCUUCACGGAGACUAAAUAUGUGUAAGUUACUUCAAGUAGCAUAACAUGUUUGUAUGUGCAUGUUUGCAAAAUCUGUUUUUUUCCCCUUUACUUAGGGUAGUAGGCAGUGGUGUAAAGUACUUAAGUAAAAAUACCUUAAG